AUGAUGGCGAGCGACGAGCAUACACCCGCACCGCCUGACACUCAGGUGCCCGAUGUCCAGGCUGCGCCGGAGCCCAUGGAGCAAGACCCGCUCGACUCGCCCACCGAGCAGGGGCGGGGCGAGUACGAGACAGGGCGGGUCAUCUGCGAAAUCUGCGGGGAAGGGAUUUCGUUCAGGGACGAGGCGACGGGCGGCUUUACGUUGAACCACUGGGAAGCACACCGGUCUGUAUGCGUGGCGGUUAACCAAAUUACCCUCGACCCUCCUGGAGCGGCUCCUAUACGACUACCGCCUACGCACCCCUCGUCGCUCGCCUCGACGUCCUCUGUGAUGGCGCUCGGCCCCAAUUCCUCGCUCGUGACGACCCAAAUUCUACCCGUGCCGUCCAAACGCCGCCGCGCGAAGAGGUCCGAGGAGGAACGCAUCUCGUAUCUACGCAACGACCCGCACGUCGCGCAGUUCGAGGCGUACCGGGUUUUGUGCGGCAACUGCAACAAGUGGAUACGGCUCCGGCCCAACUCGACGUACUGCUCCAUACCCUGGGACGCGCACCGGAAGAGCUGUCUGGCGAGGAAAGGUCCAGGAGCCCGCCGAAGCAAGAAACCCAAGUCCGAGUCCAGCACCGCGCCGCCCGACCCGCGCGUCGCCUACUUUGCCAAAGACCCCGAGGUGCGCCGGUACGAGGGCGACCGCGUGCUGUGCAAUAUGUGUGCCCGGUGGGUGUCCCUCACCAGCGACAAAGACGAGGACGAGGAGGAGAAGGAGGGAGAGGACGGGGAAGAUGAAGAAGAAGAGGAAGAGGAGGAGGAUCUGGACGACGCGGUUGUCAAGCGAUGGCUCAAGCACCGCACGGCGUGCCGCGCGGACCCCGACCGGCGCGCCGAGGGGGCAGAGGAUGUGGGGAAGCCAGGCUCGGCCGAGUCUGAAGCGCAGCCUCACGAGAACGAGAACGACGCCGCGUCGCAGGCCGGCUCGCCCGCCGCGUCGUUCGAGUCCGCCACCCCCGCCCCCGGGAACGACCCCGCGUCCUCGCCGUCCGCGAAGCAAGGCGCGGGGCGCCGGAUGAACGCGGAGCAGCGCGCGGCGGUGCUCCGCGCGGACCCGCUCAUCGGGCGCGUCGAGCCGAACCGCGUGUUCUGCACGCUCUGCGAGAAGUGGGUGCAGCUCCGGCAGGACAGCACGUACUGCGCGUACCCGUGGACGAUGCACCGGGGCAAGUGCUUGCGACGGCGGGAGCGGAGGGUGCAGAAGGCGGCGGAGGCGGCGGAGGUGAAGGCGCAGCAGGAGGAGCUGAGGCGGCAGAGGAUGGAGGCGCGGAUGGCGGCUGCUGCUGCGGGGGAGGCGCAGGGCGAAGAGGAAGAAGAGGACGAGGGAAAGGGGGAGAAAGCGGUGGGCGACGACGAGCUGGAGGACCCGGAGAGCGAGGAGGGCGUGGAUAGCGAGGAUGAGGCGGAGCGGGAGCGGAGACGGGAGGAGCGGAAGCGCGCGCUGGCGGAGAAGAAGAAGGUGAAGAAGCGGAGGAGGGGCCGGCCACGGAAGGACGAGCAGCGCGAGGGACUGGGCGCGGUGAUGAGCGGGGUGAAUGGGGCGGGCGCGGCGGCCGUGAACGGGCACGGUCUCGCGGGCGCGGGCAUGAAUAUCCAGGUGUGGAAGCUCGGGACGGCGGUGCCCGGGACGACGUUCAUACACGAGAACGAGAUUGGCGGGGUGGAGGAGGACGAGGAGGACGAGGAGGAUGAGUUGGAUGAGGACGAGCCUGGGGAGGGUGACAGGAAGAGGAGGAAGAUCGACGCAGGGCCGCGUCUAGCUGAUCUCGAUUCCCCCGAGGGAAGAGCCUCCUUCAUCCACGCCUCGGUCGAUUACCUCCUGCACACGACGUACGAGGCCACCGAUGAGCUGACCAUCCCCGUGCUCGUGGACUACCUCAACGCAGCGAUGCCGAGGGACAAGCACGAGGACUUUGACCGGACCGAGGUCGCAAAGGCGCUCGCUGUCGAGGAGGGCAGCGAGGUUAUACGGCCUUGCGGGCCUGGGUACGUGAACGGCAACAGCAACGGGCAUUAAGGCGAGCUCGUCCCGUGUCUCACUCUCAUCCUGGGUUUACGACGGUGCUGGGUCUGCGGGGCGCGUGCUGUAACGCGUCCUGUAACGCGUCGAUCUCUCUGCGUCUCAUCUCCUCCGGUGUGUCUUAUUAUUGGUCAUAUACAUAUAUUAUUCUUGUCUGCUUCCCUGUACGCUUGGGUCUCCCCUCUUGUGUUGUGCUUGGGUUCGUUCCAAUUGGGCGCCACGGACAGACACGAUCUUGCCUGUGGCUUGUGUACUGUAGCAUAAACGUCUUCCUCCCUGUUUGGUUUUGUGUGUUUGUCGAUGAUCAUGAGUAGUAGUAUGCUUAUUGAAUACACGAUACACGGU